GAGGGGGUGUGCGCCUCGCGGUGUCAGUUUUCGGAAUCCCAGCGCGCACUGCUAGGCGCGGUGGGACCCCCCAGCCCGGCUUCGUGCCCCGGCUGCUGUCUCCUCGGCCGGACUUCCCGGCCCACUCCGCUGCCCACCCGGUCCGGGGCCCUCCGCGAUUCCCCUCGGCAGGGCUCCGCUCAGAAAGACUUUUGUUUGUUUCCUCCUCUGCCGUCUUUGUUGCUCUGCACACCGGCCUCUCUGCAGCCCCUGACUCCUCCGGGAGUUGUAUCUUCCCCAGCCCGGCAAUCGCCGCGCGCAGCCCCGCCAGGUCUCAACACCCCGUCUCCGUUCGCUCCGGGAAGCCGACCUUGACUUCAUUGAUGCACCCAUUCCAGUGGUGUAACGGGUGUUUCUGUGGGCUGGGACUGGUUAGUACCAACAAGUCCUGCUCAAUGCCACCUAUCAGUUUCCAAGACCUUCCCCUCAACAUCUACAUGGUCAUCUUCGGUACAGGCAUCUUUGUCUUCAUGCUCAGCCUCAUCUUCUGCUGCUACUUCAUCAGUAAACUCCGGAACCAGGCACAGAGCGAGCGAUAUGGCUACAAGGAGGUGGUGCUUAAAGGCGAUGCUAAGAAGUUGCAGCUCUAUGGGACCUGUGCAGUUUGUCUGGAAGACUUCAAGGGGAAGGACGAGCUAGGCGUACUUCCAUGCCAACAUGCCUUUCACCGAAAGUGUCUGGUGAAGUGGCUAGAAGUGCGUUGUGUCUGCCCCAUGUGCAACAAGCCUAUCGCUGGCCCCACAGAGACCUCGCAGAGCCUCGGGAUCCUGUUGGAUGAACUGGUGUGAGCGCUCCUUGUCCGUGGACUCUGGAGAAGACUGCUCGCUCUGUGGGCACCGGGGUUCCUCCUCCACACAAUGAACAAGACUUUCUUGGGUGGUAACAUUCUUCUGCACUCACCUCAAGGCACGGGUGACAGGGCCGGGCUUCCACCAGCAGCGCCGGACCAGUACCAGACUCGCCCAGGCUCUGCCUCCCUCCCAGAGCGCCUUUCCCUGUUACCCAGUCCCAGGGACCUCACCCAGCCAGACUACUCUAUCCUGGUACUCCACUAUCCACCUGCCUCAUCCUUACCCUGGGAAGGAGUCAACCCUGUGACUGUGAGCAUGGGCACUUCCCUUUGGAGAACAAGCGACUCUGGCCUUGAAAGGAUGAGGAGGCUCUGCCCCACCCACACCCCUCACAUCCUGCCAGAGCCUUGGGAUGGUUUAAAGGGAAGGAUGGAGAAAGAUCAAGAAACCAAGGUGGAAGACUCAGCAUGAAAUAAAGGAAGUCAGGGACCUGCCUAGAAAAGGGAAAAGUCAAUGUUUACAUGGGAUGCAGGAAACAAAGGCCAGCCUUGUCCUGGCCCACCGCAGGGUGAUGGGACCAACCAUCCCCUGUUACGAUCUUGAGGUGCUAUCCAUUCUCUCCCUGACCCUGGUUAAUCUCAGAGCUUCCUAUUCCUCGUUGGUUUUGAAGAGACCCCCACUCUAUGGAAAGGGACUUUUUCUAUCCUCAACACAUUUCCAGGGGCUUUCUUUUUGGAACAGACCCUGGGGUGGGGGUGUCUGGAGGUUACCGUAGUGCGGAUGUCUGCUGCCCCUCUGUAAAUAGUAUUCUCUUGUACUUCAUCAUCACCGUCUCAGGCUUUACACAUGCUGCACCCCCCACCCGGGGAUGGAGGGGGUGGAGUGAUGGGGAGGUGGAGUCUCCCCUUCCUCAGCCCGGUGUCUGAGAGUGGGCAGAGGUUAUGUAUUUAAAGAAAAUUAAAUUUAAUAACAUGUUUCUCUAAUCAAA